GCUGGGAAAGUCUAGGGUUUGAGGGGCGGAUUGAGCCGUAUUUGAGGUUCUUGUGAAGUCAAAGGAAUGGAUGGUCGGAACGACGGCUUGGGGGACAAAGAGUUUCUCUCUUCUUCCUUGGAUAUGUGCGCCGCUUUCGAAAGUCAUUUCCGUAUCCAUUCACGCCUCUGUGGAAAGAGACGCUUUCCGCACCCAUUUGCAUCGAGACUCAACACGCUACGCCAACCGCACCAGACUCCUACACUCGAUCAAUGAUUUGAGCUCUCCCACAGACGGACUAGCUAAUACUACAGACUUUUCGGGGACAGGAUGUAUCUCAUUUCUCUAGCACCCUUCAGAUGGUAGUCUGAGCUACAUGGCGGCGGAGGGAAGAGCUUGGGAAAUUUGGUCUGCUUGGAUCGCAUUCGAACAAAGGAACCAAUUAGGCCCUCAACGACAAAUGAAGC